CUGAUACACACUUCUACUGACGGAAAGACCAACUCAAAAACCUCAUACACUCACUUGUCCGCGGCCAGCUACUGACAGUUGCUGGCCGCUGGCUAACUACGCUGGAUACCUGCAGCUGACGCCCCUACUUCUUGCUUCUGGCACGAUCUCUCCCCCUCCCAAUCUCGGAUGAGCGCCCGCAGAUUGAGAGGGACGUUGAGGGUGCCCGCAUGGCCGCCCCCGCGCACACUGUGAAGACGAUUUGACGGGUUCGGCAGGACCUUCAGCAGCCGCUCGCCCUCCUCACGUGAGGGCAGCAGUCGGUCUCCCUCGCCGGCCACGAUGAGCACCGGGGCGUGGACGUGCGGCAGGAUGGGCUCGGCCAUGGUGGCGCCCUCCCGCAGCCACUCUCUCAGCCGCCAUCGAAAAGUGUCGGGCGGCAGCGGCACCGUUAAGAUGCGGAUGACAAUAGGCACAGCCUUGCGAAGGAACGACAUGUGCGCUGGGGUCGUCCUGACACACAAAACGAUACCCAGCAUCAUGCAUGACGCAUCCAGAUCGAUCCAUCCGCACCUUUCUUGCAGCUCCAUCAUUUCCUUCCUCGGCUGUCCCUUGAGCCACCUCGGGAUGCGCUUGGCCUUCAUCAGGGCGUCCUGCACCAGAUCUCUCGCAAGCGUCACAUCGACAGACGAGAACACCAGCGGCAGCAGAGCCACACCGAACAGAAACGACGGCACUCGGUCGAGGAAGGCCUGGUAGUUGCGCCACCACGACCGCAGGAAAGACGUCGCCGGGUUCACGAUGAUCACCCCUCUCAGCUCCCCCGGGAAGUCUUUCGGCGCCUUCUCGAUCUCGUGCGCCACGAGCAGCGCCACAACAGCCCCGAAGCUCUCGCCAAGCAAAUAGAAGGGGCGAGGAGGUGACUGGUGCAGAUGGGAGAGCGUCGCCUGCACCAGCUCUUGCACCGUGCUGCGGUCGUUGGCAGUGAUAGAGAGGCAUGUGAGGUCGAAUUCUUCAGAGAGGAAGGGGAACUGUGUGAAUGCGGAGAAGCCGGUGCCGUCCAUGCCGGGCAGGUAGAGCAUCAGAGGGCUGUUUGCAGUGUCGGGGUUGAGCGCCUGCACGGCAUCUUCCUGCUUCAGCUCCUCAUAGGGAUUGAUGAAUCGAUAAGAGGGGCUCUCCUUCUGGUGAGCCGCGGGAGUCUUGGCCUUGACGAGCGAUGAUCUCCUCCGGAAGGCGCGGGCCUGGGAGCGCCUGCCGAUGGAUGAAGGAGAAGGCGUGAAGGCGGGGAGGUGAUGGAUGACAGGCCAACUGCUGAUUACGUCACACGUUGUGGCCCGCAGCAUCACGGACAUAAGCGCCGGCAGCAUCUUGACAGCG